AUGCGGGCCAGGUUUCAACCGACUCAAACGUUAAAAGUAUUUUGGGCAUGGCACUUGCGCUCCGUGGUUCGUGUUUGUCCGAAAAUAACUGGCAAGAGUGGCCCUGUCCGAGUAAAUGUCACCGGAAGCAUGGGUUGUCGGUGCCCACGGACACGUGUGAGGAGAAUAGGCGAUGGCAGUGAGGGUUUUGUGCCUCCAACACGAGCGGUUUCUGUGAGACACCCUGCAAACACUUCCUUCCUUCGUAAAGGUUCAGUCUACCCAUUCAGGGCACAACACUCCGUGGUUGCCUUCCACAUUCAAAUCUUGUCAGUUCAGAUCUUCACCAACAAUCUGAUACAUAUAUCGCCUGUUAUAUCUGUGUCCACACAAUUAGGGAAAAUGGUGAGGGGGAAAACUCAGAUGAAGCGCAUCGAAAAUGAAACGAGUAGGCAAGUGACCUUCUCCAAGAGAAGGAACGGGUUGCUUAAGAAGGCCUUCGAGCUUUCGGUGCUGUGCGAUGCUGAAGUCGCACUCAUUAUCUUCUCCACCAGAGGGAGGCUUUACGAGUUCUCCAGUUCAAGUAUAAACAAAACAGUUGAACGCUAUCAAAGGAAAACCAAGGACCUGGGUGUCAGCAACAAAGGAAUCCAUGAAAAUACACAGCUUAUGAAGGACGGUGAUAUGAGCAUGGCAAUGAAAAUCGAGCACCUAGAAAAUUUCAGAAGGAUGCUUUUGGGAGACGAAUUGGAGACAUGCAGUAUUGGCGAGCUACAGCAGCUAGAGAACCAGCUCGAACACAGCUUGGACAAAAUUAGGGCAAGAAAGAAUCAAUUGCUCAGGGAGCGAAUUGAGAAGCUAAAAAAAGAGGAAAAGUGCUUACUCGAAGUAAAUAAACGCUUACGCGAGCAGGUUAUUAUCAUUCUUCGCUCGUUCUUGAGUGGUGAGGAUGUGGAAGUCGUCACAGAAAAAGGGGAAGAAGAGGUGGAGACGGAGUUAUUCAUAGGAAGACCGGAUAAACGAAUGGCGCUAAAGUUGAAACCUGCAAGCCCUGAUAGUGCUCAUAAGUACAUAAUGUAA